CAGUCUUUUUAUUCUUCUCUAGGCUGGCUGGUGGCUGUGUCUGCGGAUUUGAAGGUUGAUCUGCUGCACCCUUUAAGCCAUGACCAGAUUGAACUUCCAGAUAUUAACAAAGUCAGAAACCAUCACCAGCAACAGAGCUUUUCCGGCGUGCCGUACGAGUUCAUAGCUAGUAAGUUUGUCUUGUCAUCAAGCCCUUCUUGGACGUGUGAUUAUAUAGUGACUGUUAUUUAUAGGAUUUUGGGAGGCUGGGGUUUUUGGAGACCAGGAGAAGAUGAAUGGACCAGUGUGGGGAGGAAUAUAAUGGAUCUUGCUUAUUAUAAAGGGCAGUUUUAUGCUGUGGACUUUGAUGGGAAUAUAAUGGUUUGUGAGAUUGCAGAGCCUGAGCAACCAAAAAUGAGGAUUGUUGUUCCGAAAGUGCCAAUGGAACCCAUGUGUGCUUCUGUUGAUCAAAGCCUUUAUCUGGUGGAAUCACAAGGGGCCUUGUUGGUGGUUCUGCGUCUUAGGCAAUGGUUCAGUUCAACAACUGAGUUUAGGGUUUUCAAUGUGCCAUUGGAGGGUCGUGGCAAGUGCUGGUGCCAUUGGUCGGAUUUGCAGGUAAAGAACUUGGGUGACAGUACCCUAUUUCUGGGACGCCAUAAUUCUUCCUUCUCUAUCGAAUGCAAGAAGAACAAGAACUUUGUAUGUUUGGGGAAUAGCAUUUGCUUCACGGUUGAUUUUUGUGAGUGUCUCGCACUUACCAAUGGAGAUAUGGACGCCAGUUAUUUUGUUUUCAAUAUGACAGAUGGGAAAAUGAAGCCUUGCUUGGGCAAACGCCUCAAUUUAAGAGCGCCAUAUUUAUGGAUUCAAGCACCAUUUUAA